AUGAAUAUUUUCCCUGUUGGUUUACCUAGGGGUCCACAUGCUGCUAGAUGGUUUGCACAUUUUAGUUGGACCGACACUACCAAGCAUGUGCUAAGAGUUUUUAGGGAUGCGCUUGAUUCAAUGACCGAAGAUCAGUUUAUUUGGGAACCAUAUUCUGCUGACUUGAUUGAGAGUCUUCUCGACUAUUGCCGCGUUGGAAGAGAUAUAUGGCGUGCUAGAGUUCCAAUUUUUUGUUGGGAUGUUGUGGAGGUUCAUUUACCUGAUCGAGUUAUGAGGCAAUUUGGAUUGGUACAGGCGAUACCAUCUCCAUUUCCAUUUGACGCUACGCAUUUUCACCAUGAUCGUCGAGGAAGACCAAACACAAAUUGGGAGUUAGAGCAUGCACAAUGGUUGCAUUUUUGGAACCAUAUUGACCAAUAUGUAUGUAAUGCACCAAUCCUUCAUGGAUCACUUCGGUAUGAUGAUCCCUACCUUAUUUGGUUUAGACGUAUUACUCGUUUUAUCAUUGGUAAUCCUAUUUCGAGUCCUCAACAACAACAAGGUUAUGUGCCUAAUGCGACGGCAUACGAAACAAUGGCACGUCAUAUUCAUUUGAUGGUUAAUAAAGCAAUAUCACUCGGUGAUAACCCAUAAAUGGAGGAAUUUUACGGGUUUCGUGCA